AUGGAAUCUCAAGAAGAAACUGUAUACACUAACAAAACCAAUAGUGAAAGUGAUAGUAACAAUAUGCCUUCUUCUACAAGCACAUUAGCCGAUGAAAAAAAAGAUGUAUGUCAAGUUAUGGUUAAGAAAAAAGAAGAAGACAAAAAAUGUGAAGUAGAAUAUAUUCAUGACAAUUCAACAUCAAAUAUGAUUGCUCAUCUAAGAUCGCAUAAUAUCAUAGACAAUAAAAAACAAAAAUCCGAAAUACAACAAAAUAAACAAACUACAUUAACUGAAUUAAUCCGAUCUAAUAUUCCACAUAAGGUCAAUAAGCAAAAAGAAUUAAAUAAAGCAGUUGUUGAGUGGAUACUUCUCAAUAAUCAACCAUUAUCAGCACCAAGAAAAAAAGGAUUUCGUCGCAUGAUAACAAAAUUUGAUCCGAGAUUUCGUCCACCUUCUGAUAGAGUUAUAAAAAAUGAAAUAGCAUUUAAAAAAGCUCAAAUAAAUGUAAUGGAAAGAGAUAAAUUACCUCAGUCUAAUUUAAUUAGUACUGAACCUUAUUUUGAAGAAGAAACUGGCGAAGUUAAUGAUGGUGUUAGUACAGAUUCGGAAUGA